UUGGAUACAAGCGGGUUCGCUUCACCAUCAUCUCUGCGCAAAGAUACGUGUUUUUAAGUGUUUCCAGCCGUCGCUCGGUCUCCGUGUCCAGGCUUGUGCCGACAAAGGCGCUCCUGCAGGAGGAGCAGACGCAGCAGGAGGAGGAUGGAGGAGCCGAGUCUGCUGCUCCUUUCCAUCCCAUAAAGCGCUCACAUCCUCCAAUCAUGUGUCAGUAACUGCACGAGUCCACGGUACCCACCUUUCUGAAUGGCCUCCGUGCCUGCAGGUUUCUGGGGCUCGGCAGCUUGCUGCUCACACUCCAAACUCUCCAGAACCGUCAGUCUGAAACUGAAAAGAGCCUGUUCCCCUUCGUCCAUGCUGUCCGGUCGGAAAUGUUCAGGAAAGUCAGAUGUCGCUGGUGGAGCCGUGUCUCCGGGGCCCGUGAUGGCCAAGAUGUCGGAGCCCGGCGGGGGAGGGUCAGACGAACCCAACAGGGAGCUGUUUGAGGCCUGCCGGAGCGGAGACCUGGAGCGAGUCCGGAACCUGGUGACGGCUGAGAAUGUGAACAGCCGUGACAUGGCGGGGAGGAAAUCCACGCCGCUGCACUUCGCAGCAGGUUUUGGCCGUAAAGAAGUAGUGGACCUCCUCCUGCAGAAAGGAGCCAAUGUCCACGCCAGGGACGACGGAGGCCUUGUAUCCCUGCACAACGCCUGCUCCUUUGGACACGCCCAGGUGGUGAGCUUGUUGCUUCGCUGCGGGGCGGACGCAAACGUCAGAGACAACUGGAACUACACUCCACUUCACGAGGCAGCUAUCAAGGGCAAGAUCGACGUGUGUAUAGUGCUGUUGCAGCACGGCGCUGAACCGAACACCAGGAACACAGACGGUCGAACCGCUCUGGAUUUGGCCGAACCCUCCGCCAAAGCGGUCCUUACAGGGGAAUAUAGAAAGGAUGAGCUUCUUGAAAGUGCAAGGAAUGGAAACGAGGUGAAGCUCAUGGCUCUGCUGACGCCGCUCAACGUCAACUGUCACGCCAGCGACGGGCGAAAGUCAACGCCUUUGCACCUGGCGGCUGGUUACAACCGUGUGAAGACGGUGCAGCUGCUGCUGCAGCACGGCGCUGAUGUGCACGCCAAGGACAAGGGGGACCUGGUUCCUCUUCACAACGCCUGCUCGUACGGCCACUAUGAGGUCACCGAGUUGCUGAUGAAGCAUGGCGCCUGCGUCAACGCCAGGGACCUGUGGCAGUUCACGCCUCUUCACGAAGCCGCCUCCAAGAACCGCGUUGAGCAUUGCGCGUCAGCGUCUCCGUACCUGAACAGGAAGCAGGUGUGUGAACUUCUCCUGAGGAAAGGAGCCAGCGUCAACGAGAAGACAAAAGACCUGUUGACCCCCCUCCACCUGGCGUCGGAGAAAGGCCACAACGACGUCAUCGAGCUCCUGGUCAAACACGAGGCCAAGGUGAACACGUUGGAUCAUCUGGGCCAGACGGCGCUGCAUCGAGCCGCUCGCGGCGGACGUCUGCAGACCUGCAGACUGCUGCUGACCGCCGGCUCCGACCCGCUGCUGACGUCGCUGCAGGGAUUCUCGCCAUCGCAGCUCGGAAACGAGAGCGUGCAGCAGAUCCUGCAAGCAGGGGGAGCGCUGAUCGGGAACUCUGAGGUCGACCGACAGCUGCUGGACGCCUCCAAAACAGGAGCUCUGGAAACAGUCGAGGAACUCUGUACGCCGCAGAACGUGAACUGCAGGGACAUGGAGGGUCGACAGUCGACGCCGCUGCAUUUCGCCGCCGGCUACAACCGCCUGGCCGUCGUUCAGUUCCUGCUGCAGCACGGAGCAGACGUGCACGCCAAGGACAAAGGAGGUCUGGUUCCGCUCCACAACGCCUGUUCCUACGGUCACUAUGAGGUCGCAGAACUGCUGGUUCUUCACGGCGCCGUCGUCAACGUGGCCGACCUGUGGAAGUUCACGCCGCUGCACGAAGCUGCUGCCAAGGGCAAAUACGAGAUCUGUAAACUCCUGCUGCAGCGUGGCGCUGAUCCAACAAGGAAGAACCGCGACGGUAACACCCCUCUGGACAUGGUGAGGGACGUGGACGCCGACAUCCAGGACCUGCUGCGCGGCGACGCCGCCCUCCUGGACGCCGCCAAGAAAGGCUGCCUGGCCAGAGUGAAGAAGCUCUGCACAAAAGACAACGUCAACUGUAGAGACACGCAAGGGAGACACUCCACAGCGCUGCACCUGGCCGCGGGCUACAAUAACCUGGAGGUGGCUGAGUACCUGCUGCAGCACGGGGCCGAUGUCAACGCUCAGGAUAAAGGAGGACUGAUUCCUUUGCACAACGCUGCCUCCUAUGGGCACGUGGACGUGGCGGCUGUCCUCAUAAAGUACGACGCCUGCGUCAACGCCACUGAUAAGUGGGCGUUCACGCCGCUGCAGGAGGCGGCUCAGAAGGGCCGCACGCAGCUUUGUGCGCUCCUAUUGGCUCACGGCGCCGACCCCACCCUCCGGAACCAGGAAGGCCAGUCGGCGCUGGACCUGGUCACGGCCGAUGACGUCCGGGCGUUGCUGACGGCAGCGAUGCCUCCCUCCGCUCUCCCCGGGUGUUUUAAACCGCAGGUCAUCACCGUAGCUCCACCAACGUCCGGUGCUCCACCCGUCGCCGUCGUCCCACCGCUCCUCCCCUCUUCCUCAUCUUCCUCCUCCUCUUCAAGUCUCCACGUUGCAGCUGCUACCAACAGUAACGCCUCUGCCGGUGCAGACUCCUCAUCUUCACAGUCAUCCUCAUCUCCACCGGGGCCUCCUGAGACGUCGGUGGUUCCCUCGGCCACCGAGGGGUCGCUGAGAGCCGAGAACAAAGAGGAAGGGACUGAGCUCAGCAUCUGCCAGUUCCUGAUGGAUCUGGGAUUGGAGCACGUGGUGGAAAUCUUCGACAGGGAGCAGAUCACUCUGGACGUGCUGGUGGAGAUGGGUCACUGUGAGCUGAAGGAGAUCGGCAUCAACGCCUACGGACACCGACACAAGAUCAUCAAAGGAGUGGAGAGGCUGACCGGUGGGCCGCAGAGCCUGAACCUUUACCUGACGCUGAACCCAGCCAACAGCGGGACGGUCCUGAUCGACCUCGCCGUCGACGAUAAGGAGUUCCAGUCGGUGGAGGAGGAGAUGCAGAGUACGAUCAGAGAGCAUCGAGAUGGGGGCCACGCGGGAGGAGUCUUCAACAGAUACAACCUGGUCAAGAUUCAGAGGGUCUGCAACAAGAAGCUGUGGGAGAGAUACAGCCACCGCCAGAAGGAGGUGUCAGAGGAAAACCACAACCACUCCAACGAGCGGAUGCUCUUCCACGGCUCUCCAUUCGUCAACGCAAUCAUCCACAAGGGUUUCGACGAACGUCACGCCUACAUCGGUGGGAUGUUUGGCGCUGGGAUUUAUUUUGCAGAGAACUCUUCAAAGAGUAACCAGUACGUUUAUGGGAUUGGCGGGGGGACGGGCUGUCCGCUGCACAAGGACCGCUCCUGCUACAUCUGUCACAGGCACUUGUUGUUCUGCAGGGUGACCCUGGGUAAAUCCUUCCUGCAGUUCAGUGCCAUGAAGAUGGCUCAUUCGCCCCCCGGUCACCACUCGGUGACCGGCAGGCCGAGUGUGAACGGCCUCGCUCUGGCUGAAUACGUCAUCUACAGAGGAGAGCAGGCUUAUCCAGAGUACCUGAUCACCUACCAGAUAAUGAAGUCAUCAACAGACGGGUGAAGAGAGGACGGCGAUGAGGAGUGAAGAAGAGGAGCUUCACUGACUGCAUGCACUGAGAAGUUUAAUUAGAAAAUGUUUAAAACGUCUAGGUUUUCAUCAGAUGGUUGUUUCUUAGUUUUUUUCUAAACUACUGUCUGUUUUGUGCAGUUUAUUAACCGUAGUUGACGUAACUUGGUAUGACUGUUAGUGUCAUCGUCCAGUGGAUUCAGGGUAAAGCAUUUUCACAGGUUUAAAAGUUCAGAAGACAACAAAAAACUUACUGGGACACCUCAAAACUGCCAGCACCGUCGGGACGCUGCGCUUCUGAUACGUAAAGUAAAAGCAGUUUGUUAGUUUUUGAUUGGGUCUCCGUCACGUGUUGCUGAAGUGGAAAUGCGUCCCGUUUCAACUCUACCGAGGUCCGGUGUCCGUCUGGUUUUAUAAAGAUACUGUAUAUUUAUUUUUUUUGCACAAGCAUGUCAGUUCGUUUACUGGUAUUUCAUGACACGUUCCUUCUGGUGCGUUUUGAUUCAGAAUCAAGAGCUGAUUUUCUCUGAGUAGUUCAUGCCAGUUUCAUCCAAACGUUCUGAAUCUGCUCCCGAACCGACUGGUUACUGCUGACCAGUGUUGGGGUAGUUACUCAAAAAAAGUAAUCCAUUACAUAUUACUAGUUACUUUUAAAAAAAGUAAUCCCUUACAAUACUUAGUUACUGGUUGCUGAAAGUAACUAGUUACAUUACUAGUUACAUUACUUUUGGAUUACUCCGCAAUAUCACCUGAGCUGCACCAUAACUCGA